AUGUAUUAAAAAAGGAGUUAUUUUAUCUUUUUAAGUAUUGGAAAAAUAACUUCAUUUUAGAAAUAAGAUUUAAUUGAUGACUAAAAAAUCACCAAAAAUCUUGUGAAAAUUAAUCAUUUUAAAUGGAAAGGAAAAGAAGGUAAAGAGAAAUAGAAAAUUGGUAAAUGGGAAGGAUAUUGGAAAAAUAAAGUAUAAAAAAUAGGAGGAUAUUAUGAUAAUUAGGGUCUAAAGUAAGGAUUAUGGUACGAAGAGUAUGAAAAUUUCUGGGAGUACUUUAUUUUAUAAAUAUGAAGUUAUGCUUAAAUUGUUUACGUUGGAAUUUAUCAUAAUGGAAUAUAAAGAAAUAGAUGGGAUACUAUUAUGAAUAAUAAUAUUAUGUAAUCAUUUAUAAUCAAAAUGUAGUGGAGGGGGUAAUUAUGAUCAUAAUGGCAAAAAGACAGGCAAGUGGGUUGAAUUACAUUUAAAUUACUUUAAACAGAAUUAUGUUUAUUGCGAUGCCACUUAUGAAGGAGAGUAUUUAGACGGGAUAAAAUAAGGAUAUUGGUAAACAUUUCUCUCAAAAAAAAUUAUGUAAUUUAUAAAUAUAAUUAUAGUGGAGGAGGUUUUUAUAAUCAGGUUGGAUAAAAGGAUGGUUUUUGGAUUGAAUUGAAUGAUAACUUUUCAUUGUAUUUAAUAGAAAUUAUACAUUGUGGUAAUUAAGUUAUUUACAAGGGUAACUAUAAGAAUGGUUUACAAAUAGGAAUAUGGGAAAUUGUAAUAGUUUAUGACGGAAAACAAAUAUAUAUGUAAAAUAUAAAAAAUAGUAAAGUGGGGGAGGUUCUUUUGAUGAUAAUGGAAAGAAAAAUGGUAGAUGGGUUGAUUUAGCUAUAGAUUGGUUGAAGUAUAUUAUAAAAUGCAUAUUAUAGUGGUAACAAGGAAAUCUUUUAUAUUGGUGAUUAUAAGAAUGGAUAGAAAAUAGGGUAAUGGAAUAUUCAUAAUUGGUAUAACAAAUCCAUGUAUUAUUUACAUCAUAUACUUUUAAGUGGUGGUGGAGAAUUUUAAGAAGGAAUUAAAGAUGGAAUAUGGAUAGAUGUGCAUGAUGAUUGGCGUCCAGGGUAUUUAAUAAAUUUAAUUAAUAGUUGGAGAUAAAUCAUUUAUCAUGGUGAAUAUUAGAUGCGCAAAAAAAUUGGAACAUGGAAAAUCUUAGAGAACUCAGAUAAAUAAAUGUAAAAAUUUAGAAUAUCAUAAAUUUUAAAGUAGUGGAGGAGAUUAUAAUGAAUAUGGAAUGAAGAAUGGUAAAUGGUUUGAACCUGAUGAAAAAUGGGAUAAAAAGUAAGUUAAUAAUUAUAAAAUCAAUAGAAUUUGGAAUUCAUUUAUGAAGGUGAAUAUAAGAAUGGUUUAAAAAUCGGUUAAUGGAAUCGUAUAGAUAAUUUGAA